AAUACGUUGACGUUUAACCGCCCGCCUCCCGCCUCCUUUUCCCACCUCGUUCUUCUAUUGGGUGCAGCUUCUGCCUCCGCCUCCUCCCGGACGGAACCGAUCGGGGCUGGUUUGAGCUGGUGCGUCUCCAUGACGACGCCGCCAGCGCUAUAAGUAGCCGUGCCGCGGCGCCGUCGGGCUUUGUCAGACCCCUUCAGCCUCCGCCGCCGGUAGCUCCUCUGCCACCAGCUCUCGUGCCACCUCGGGCCGGCGGCUCGGCGCGGCUCCUCCAGCUGGGCAGGAGGCGGCUGAACGGGGGCGGAGGUUGGGGGGAAGGCGCCGUAGCCGUCGAGUUCCGUUCAUCUUGAGCAGAGCAUCUCCAUGGGGUCUGCCCACUCCGUCCAUGCCCUUUAAGAGAACGUCCAGUGCAACAGCUGUACUGAAGGGACAUUUGUAGCCUUGUAUUUAACAGGACUUUAUCCUCCUGGAGAAGCACCUUUGGUGUAAAGCUGAAAAUUGUCUUUAAAUUCCAUCUUUUAGUUUUCCGUUUUGUUGCACUUUAAAGAACACCAAGAAACCAUGAACAACUUUAGCAAUGAUGAAUUUAACUUCAGUUUCCUUGAUGAAGGCUUUACUGCAAAGGAUAUUCUGGACCAGAAAAUUAAUGAAGUUUCUUCUUCUGAUGAUAAAGAUGCCUUCUAUGUUGCUGACCUUGGUGACGUCCUAAAAAAACAUUUGAGAUGGUACAAAGCUUUUCCUCGAGUAACUCCUUUUUAUGCUGUUAAAUGUAAUGACAGCAGGGCUAUAGUGAAGACACUUGCUACUAUAGGAGCAGGAUUUGAUUGUGCUAGCAAGACUGAAAUACAAUUAGUACAGAGUCUUGGGGUGUCUCCAGAGAGGAUAAUUUAUGCAAAUCCAUGCAAACAAGUGUCACAAAUUAAGUAUGCUGCCAACAAUGGAGUACAAAUGAUGACUUUUGAUAGUGAAGUAGAGCUAAUGAAAGUUGCCAGAGCUCAUCCAAAGGCAAAGCUUGUUUUGAGGAUUGCCACUGAUGACUCCAAAGCUGUCUGUCGGUUAAGUGUUAAAUUUGGUGCCACUCUCAAAACUAGUAGGCUACUUCUUGAGCGAGCAAAGGAACUGAAUAUUGAUAUUAUUGGAGUUAGUUUCCACGUGGGAAGUGGUUGCACUGAUCCAGAAACCUUUGUCCAAGCAGUUUCUGAUGCCCGAUGUGUCUUUGAUAUGGGGGUGGAAUUUGGUUUCAACAUGUAUCUUCUUGAUAUUGGUGGUGGCUUUCCUGGUUCUGAAGAUGUAAAGCUUAAGUUUGAAGAGAUCUCAAGUGUAGUCAAUCCAGCAUUGGAUAAGUAUUUUCCUUCUGAUUCUGGAGUGAGAAUUAUAGCUGAACCAGGCAGAUACUAUGUUGCAUCAGCUUUCACGCUUGCAGUUAAUAUCAUUGCCAAAAAACUCGUAUUAAAGGAACAGACAGGUUCUGAUGAUGAAGAUGAGGCAAAUGACCAAACCUUUAUGUACUAUGUAAAUGAUGGAGUAUAUGGAUCAUUUAAUUGCAUCCUGUUUGAUCAUGCACAUGUUAAACCUAUUCUACAAAAGGUAAUUCAUUUAAGAAAUAGGACAAGUAAAGGGCUGGGUGAGGGGGCGGCAUAUAGCUUAUGUUCAUGUUUUGGUUUUUUCCCCCAGAGACCCAAACCAGAUGAGAAGUAUUAUUCUUCUAGCAUAUGGGGACCAACAUGUGAUGGCCUUGAUCGUAUUGUUGAACGCUGUGAUUUACCAGAAAUGCAUGUAGGAGAUUGGAUGCUGUUUGAAAACAUGGGUGCUUACACUGUUGCUGCUGCUUCCACUUUUAAUGGAUUCCAGAGACCCACUAUCUAUUAUGUGAUGUCUGGGCCAGCAUGGCAAUGUAUGCAACAAAUGAAGAAUCAAGGUUUUCCCGCAGAAGUAGAGGAUCAGGAUAUCAACACUUUGCCAUUAUCUUGCGCUUGGGAAAGUGGAAUGGAACAUCACUCGACAACUUGUACUUCAGCUAGUAUUAAUGUAUAGAAGCUGUUUGUAGCCAUUAAUUGCAAAUUUAGCUUGAAUUAGAGCAUUUUGGGGGACCAUUAACUUAAUUCCUGCUAGAGUUUUUAAAUGUUUUAAGAAAUAGGAUUGGCACAAAUGCAACAAUAAUAUGGAAGACGUAAGAGAUGGGGUCACACUUAUCUGUGUUCCUAUGGAAACUAUUUGAAUAUUUGUUUUAUAUGGAUUUUUAUUCACUUUUCAAAUAUGCUUCUAAAGAUUGCCCCUAAGCUGCUAAGCAAGCAUUUGUAGCUUGUAUAAUAGCAGAAUGGGAUUGAGCUUAGUGUUGUGACCUGUUUUAAAAUAAAAGUAUUGAAAUAA